GCGAAGCCUAACGUCUUUGCCGUGCUAAAGAAGAUGAAGCAAAGGAAGACGCCUGAUCCUGAGACGGGGUCCGUGUGGGUUAACCCGCAAUCCGAGACCCAGUGCACGUCGUAUGUCUCCAAGUUCAAGCAGAAGUACGGCGAGGAGGCCAAUCCAGAGGCCGAGGACUUUGACCCUGAGGUCGCGGUGCUUGCGGGAGAAGGCUUGAAGCAUGGCCGCCUAUGGUUUGGUGACGGGUGCGUCGACCCAGCGAGGGUUCCCUCUCUCCGCCAGAUCCGUCGUGGUCGUAAGAGCGGCCAGCCUGAGGUAGAGCCCCGGCCACGGGCUUCGGAUCUAGCUGUCGAGCGGUUACGGGAGGAGAUGGCAGCGAAGGAGCAGGCGGCCCAGGGAGCACGCACGGAACAUGGAGCGGACGAUUCCGGAGUACCGAGCAGCAGCAGACACAGAUGA